AAGGGCGGCAAAGCCGGCGCGCGCCCGGCUGGGGGCGGAGGGCGGAGGCCCACGGGCCGGAACAGCCGCGGCAAGUGGCGGCGGCAGCGGCGGAGGCAGCUGAGGCGGCGGCGGCGAGCGGGGGUCCGGGCGGCAGCGGCGGCGGCGGGCCGAGGAGCCGGGCGCGAUGGAGCGGAAGAGGUGGGAGUGCCCGGCGCUCCCGCAGGGCUGGGAGAGGGAAGAAGUGCCCAGAAGGUCGGGGCUGUCGGCCGGCCACAGGGAUGUCUUUUACUAUAGCCCGAGCGGGAAGAAGUUCCGGAGCAAGCCCCAGCUGGCGCGCUACCUGGGCGGCUCCAUGGACCUGAGUACCUUCGACUUCCGCACGGGCAAGAUGCUGAUGGGCAAGAUGAACAAGAGUCGGCAGCGGGUGCGCUAUGACUCCCCGAGCCAGGUCAAGGGCAAGCCCGACCUGAACACGGCCCUCCCGGUCAGGCAGACGGCGUCCAUCUUCAAGCAGCCAGUGACCAAGAUCACCAACCACCCCAGCAACAAGGUGAAGAGCGACCCCCAGAAGGCCGUGGAGCAGCCCCGGCAGCUCUUCUGGGAGAAGAAGCUGAGCGGCCUGAAUGCCUUUGACAUCGCGGAGGAGCUCGUGAAGACCAUGGACCUCCCCAAGGGCUUGCAAGGCGUGGGUCCUGGCUGUACAGAUGAGACGCUGCUCUCGGCCAUCGCCAGCGCCCUGCACACCAGCACCAUGCCCAUCACCGGGCAGCUCUCAGCCGCCGUGGAAAAGAACCCCGGGGUGUGGCUCAACACAGCCCAGCCACUCUGCAAGGCCUUCAUGGUGACCGACGAGGACAUCAGAGAUGGACAUGCCCUGGCCAGCAGGUCUUCCUGUGUCCCCAGGAGGCAGGAGGAACUGGUGCAGCAGGUCCGCAAGCGGCUGGAGGAGGCGCUGAUGGCCGACAUGCUGGCGCACGUGGAGGAGCUGGCCCGGGACGGCGAGGCGCCGCUGGACAGGGCGGGCACCGACGGGGAUGAGGAUGACGGGGACCAGGAGGAGGGGCCCGACCAGGACCAGGAGAUGGAGCACGUGUAGAGCGGGCACUGGCCGGGUCCCAGGCCCCAGCUCGCGUGAGCAGCGACCACGGGUGAGGGGUGGUCCGGGUCCCUGGGACCUGCCUUGUGCCAGUGGCAGCAGUGCUGGGCCGGGCGCCUCCCGAGAGCACCUGUCUUCAAGGAGGACGGCCUGCCAGGCGCGGAUGGCGCCCUCUCUGUCCCUGCACGGGCCCCACCCACCUGCCCUCCUGCACGGGGCCACCUGCAGACUCGGCUCUCACCCUGCCCAGGCGUGUCCCCUCCCCUGGGCCACGGGGACAUGGCUGAAGCAUGGCCUCUCGCCCGAUGGACCCCCCCAUGUCUGCCCCUCCUCGGGGUCAUAUGGCUCCGCACUGAACUCAGGCCAGCCUGGUCUCUGUGGCUGCUGCCCUGGACCUCUCGCACAGGACAGCUGCCACUGGGCCGCCUGCGAGGCUCCCCGCGGGGCUGGAGAAACAUUUGUGGAACAGUCUCCCCUCCCGACCUGCACACGUGAGGGACGGUAUCCCGGACCGCCCGUCACCCCUUCCAGAAGGGGAUGCAGCAUGGCUCCCCGGGGCCCACCUGGCGGGCACAGUGCUCCCAAGAGCAAAUGGCACAACCCGGACAUUUUCCUUCAGUAAAACUCAUGGUAGAGGCGAGGUCGAUGUCCACGUAGCUGCUUAACCUGCUGUCUGUUGCACACGGACAGGAACUCAGGCCUCAGCGCCUGAAGACCUCGCUGUCUGCAGCCCGGCCCAGCCUGAUGGUCAGCGCCGCGGACAGAGAACUAACUGCUCACGGCCGGAUUCGGCCCAGGCUCCAGGCCAGCGCCGCCAUCGGCUGACCUCCAGGCCUCGGUCUCGCCUCAUAGAACAGGGACAGUGGCACUGAUCUGGCAGGUGUGGGGCCUCCCACCACCGGGGGCCUCUGCAUCCCUAUCCCAGGCACAUUUCCUGGCCGGGCCUGGGCAGUGGCCUCCAUGAAGCAUGGGGUUUGGAGGCGGUCAGAGCUGUGCUGUCCCUCCCUGCAGCGAGUGCCCCGGGCCAGGGGAGCUUCUGCUACCCUGAGUGGACCCCGGGCCAGGCCCCUUCCCUCAGCCCCUCCAUCAGCCUGGAGACACAAACCCCGGGCCGGUGCGGCCCCAGGGCCCACCAGCCCUGUCCCAACCCUGCCACACGCACAGCCGUGACUGUCGGGGUGGGGCGGGGCCUGGGUCGCUGCCUCAUCGGGCCAGACACCCUGGGGUGCCGUGGCCUGCCCGGCGGGGCAACAGUGGCAGUGGGAGCCCCUCGGGGGUGGGACUCGCUGCCCACUCCCUCCAAGGACUCUGGCCCAGGAGGUUGGGCUGACUGCAUCCUUCCUAGUCCAGUCAAAGCACAAAGCCCUGAGGAGCGCGGCCGCUGCACUGCAGUGGCAGCAGUGACACUGCCAGGGUCCAGGCCAUCACGGGCCCCAGGAAUCCCCUCCACAGGCCGCGGGCCCGAGGGAGGCUCCUGUGGGCGGUGUUGAAUAAAGCGUGUCGGGCGAA